UCCUCCAGGACCAUCCCUUCCCCAGCUCUCCCGCCCCCAGCCCCAAUCUCCCGGACCCCCCUCUCCCAAUCCCCCCCCAUUUUCUGUGGGCCUCCUCUGUCCGGGGUCAGAGGUCAGCCUCCCGGCCCAAGUGACCCCGAGCCCUGUGCUGACCGUCCAUCCAUCCAUCCAUCCAUCCAUCCAUCCAUCUACCGUCCAUCCGCCCAUCCUUGGGUGGGUGGGCCCUGAGCUCGCCCCAUGGUGUCCCUGCAGGGGGGUCCGGCCCGAGGCCGCGGUGGGCUCAACCUCAAGGAGGAGCCGCUGCCUGCGGGGCUCCGGCCCGGUCGCCCCUGGACGCUGCCCAACGCUGCCGCCGCCAUCCUGGACGCCACCGUCGCAGCACAGAGCGGCGCGGGCCUGGCCCGGGCUCACUUCGAGAAGCAGCCGCCCGCCAACCUGCGCAAAUCCAACUUCUUCCACUUCGUGCUCGCCAUGUACGACCGGCACGGGCAGCCCGUGGAAGUGGAGCGCUCCGCCUUCGUCGGCUUCGUGGAGAAGGGAAGGGAGCACGGAGGGGAGAAAACGAACAACGGCAUACACUACCGGUUACAGCUCCUCUACAGCAACGGUAUCCGAACGGAGCAAGACUUAUACGUGCGCCUCAUCGACUCGGCGUCCAAACAGGCCAUCGUCUACGAGGGGCAGGACAAGAACCCCGACAUGUGCCGGGUGCUCCUCACCCACGAGAUCAUGUGCAGCCGCUGCUGCGAUAAGAAGAGCUGUGGAAAUCGCAACGAGACGCCCUCUGACCCGGUCAUCAUAGACAGGUUUUUCCUCAAGUUUUUCCUGAAGUGUAACCAGAAUUGCCUGAAGAACGCGGGUAACCCUCGUGACAUGCGCCGCUUCCAGGUGGUGGUGGCCACCACGGUCAGCGUGGACGGGCACGUAUUGGCCGUGUCCGACAACAUGUUCGUCCACAACAACUCCAAGCACGGCCGUCGGGCCCGCCGCCUCGACCCCUCGGAAGCAGUCGCCCCCUGCAUCAAGGCCAUCAGCCCCAGCGAGGGCUGGACCACGGGCGGGGCCACCGUCAUUGUCAUCGGGGACAACUUCUUCGACGGACUGCAGGUGCUCUUUGGCACCGUCCUGGUGUGGAGCGAGCUGAUCACUCCCCACGCCAUCCGGGUGCAGACGCCCCCUCGACACAUCCCCGGAGUGGUGGAAGUGACGCUGUCCUUCAAGUCCAAGCAGUUCUGCAAAGGGGCUCCGGGCCGCUUCGUCUACACCGCUCUCAACGAACCCACCAUCGACUACGGCUUCCAACGGCUGCAGAAGGUGAUUCCCCGGCACCCAGGCGACCCAGAGCGCCUGCCCAAGGAGCUGCUGCUGAAGAGGGCGGCCGACCUCGUGGAGGCCCUGUACGGAAUGCCGCACAGUAACCAGGACCUGAUCUUGAAGCGGGCAACGGGCAUCGCGGAGGCCUUGUACAGUUUACCCCGUCCCCCGAGCCAGCUUGGGGUCCUCGCCAACAGCCAUCCUCACGCCGCUCUGGCCGGCAUCGCCGGCAGCAUCGGAGACGCCGCCCAGGGCAUCGAGCAAGGUUUCUCCCGCACCACCACGACCAGCGGAGGCGGCGGAGGAGGAGGAAGAGAAGGAGGGUCUCCCCUCCCCAACGCUUACGUGCCCAGCUCUAGCCCUCAGCAGAGCAGCUACAGCUCCGUCACGCCGAGCGUCGGCGGCUACGGGGCCGCGGGCAUGGCCAGUCUAGGUGUGCCGGCCUCCCCCGGCUUCCUCAACGGCUCCACCGCAAACUCGCCCUACGCCACCGCCGCCUCCACCAGCGUGUUCUCCUUCUCGCCGGUCAACAUGAUCUCUGCUGCCGUUAAGCAGAAGAGCGCCUUCGCCCCCGUGCUGCGCCCGACCGUCUCCUCGCCUCCGCCCUGCAGCGGCCUGCAAGACCAGGAGUUUGAGGACGCGGACAAGUUUCCCCCUGCCUCUCGGGCCUUGCAGGGAGUGGCCUACUCCUGAACCCCCCACGUCCGGCGGCCUAGGGGAGCGGACCCGGAAGGAGCCACCCGUGCCCUCGGGCCUCGCCCCAGAUCUCCAGGACGCUCGGACGCAGAGGAGACCACCCCAGCCCUACGCCGGUUCCAGCGUGGGCGAGCGUGAGGCUCGGAAAGGACCCCAGUCCCGCCAUCCACCGGGGCCCGUCAGGGCGGAGGAAGCCGGAUCUGGCCGGGCCCCCCUCCCCGGCCAGGGAAGGGAAGAGGAAAAGUUGGGGCUUAGGGUAGGGGUCCGGGGUUAGAUAUCAGAAGUGUGGAGGGAGGGAGGGAUACCCAGGGAUGGGUUGGAGGCAGUGAGGCUCUGCCUCCACCUCUGCCUCAGUCCCUGUCCCCAGUCUCCAACCCCGCCCUGCUCCCCACUGCCAUUGAAUACCCAGCCUCCUCCUGCUAGGGCCCCCUGGCCUGCCAGGGUCUGGCUUCAAGCGCUUAGUACAGUGUUCUGCACCCAGUAAGCGCUCAAUAAAUACGAUUGAUUGAUUGGCUGAGGCCCAGAGAGACAGUCCUAGGGGAAAGAUGGCGGCGGGGCGCGGAGCAGCGCCUCUUCUCCAAAGGCCCGGACGAGCUGGCCCUGUUCCCCCUGAGCCGUCCCGCCCCCGUCUAGACUGUAAGCUCCUUGUGGGCAGGGAACG